CAGGGCCUGCGUCCUGCGAGUGCGCAGGAAUGCAGGUGGUGGGUAGGGAUGGACUGCGCAGGCGCACGUCGGUGAUCGGGUCCCUGUGGGAAGGAAAUGGAGAAGAAGAUGCUGAAGACUGGGUAUUUUAUCUUCUUGCUCAGUUGUUUUGCCUUGCAGCUGGAUGCUAACCCUGGGCUCAAAGUAAGAAUCACGCAGAAAGGGCUGGACUAUGGCUGGAAAGUUGGGCUGGAGAACCUAAAACAAGAAAUAAAAAAUGAAACCUUCCAAAGCUGGAGUGACCGUGAGAACUUUGGACUUGUUAAAUUUGACUACACUGUUUCAGGGCUCAGAAUUAACACUGUUGAAUUCCCAGAUGCCUCUGUAUCCCUCAUACCUGGAACUGGGAUUAAGCUGGCAAUUGAACAUGCUUCUGCAACCUUCCAUGCAAACUGGAGUAUAAAAACCUGGCUAGUCAGAAACCAUGGAGGAGCUACUGUCUCUCUUUCAGGAGUGUUUAUCACAGUGAUCUUCCAAGUGUCAAGGGAUAACAAAGGCCGCCUAUCCAUGCUGUUUCACAACUGCUGGUUAAGCAUUCAUGAUGUUAAAGUCAAGCUGAGUGGAGGAGCCAGCUGGGUCUUUAACCUCUUUGCUGGUUAUCUGAAGAAGCCCAUUCAAGCCUACUUGGAUAAAAAUUUGUGCCCGAACAUCAAACACAAAAUCCAAAGGAUGGAUGCAGAGCUCAGAACUCUUAAGGUUCUAAGUCAGAUCGAUGCCUUUGCCCAAAUAGACUACUCGCUCAUUAACUCUCCAGCAAUCUCCAAAUCAUCCAUUAACCUGGAUUUGAAGGGUACAGUCUAUCCAGCUGGAAAUCACACAGAUCCCCCCUUUGUACCAAACCCAUUCACUCUUCCAGACAAGAAUAACUCCAUGCUCUACCUGGGAGUCUCUGAGUAUUUCUUCAAAUCUGCUUCAUUGGCUUAUUACAAUGCAGGGGCCUUUAACAUUACCAUCACAAAAAAGUUUUCCACUUAUUUUAUGCCAACUGAAGUAACACCUAACAAUACCAUUCCUGAGGUUCUACAGCUUGUUCAGAAUUAUACAAUGUCACACCCACUGAUGUUGAUGCUACAAUCUACUGCAGCACCUAUCGUCAGCUUGCAAACAGGCAGUUUGACUACAGAGGUCACUGGCAACUUAGAGAUGUUUUCUGUCCUGCCAAACUCAAGCCUCCAGUUCAUCUUUGCAGGGAAUCUAACAGUGAAUACCAGUGCCAACAUGACUAUAUCUAAACAGAAGUUGAUUAUCUCAUUACUUCUCAAGAGAUUUCACUUCUCCCUGACACGUUCUGGUGUUGACUUUUCUGAGAUCUCACUUUUGGAGAAGUUCCUGUCUCGUGUAUUAUGGAAUGGAGCAAUCCCAGCAAUCAAUGAUAAACUGAGGAAAGGAUUCCCUCUUCCUAAUCAGGCCCAAACUAAGUUCAUUCAACCAGUUCUUGAAUUUAAUCAGGGUUAUUUGCUGAUUUCCACUGAUUUUCACUACACUCUCUAAGGAAGGAGAGAUCAUUUGAUCAGGAUGUUCAAGGUGAACAGCAACCAUUCAAAUGCUGACCUGUGUCCCUGUACUUUUAAACCUUCAAGCCAAGGACUGUAGAUGAGUGAAGUCUUCCUCAUGCUGCUCUGAUUCAGGAAGAAAGUAGGAAGAAUGUAUGGUGCAAAAUUACAAAUGCAGUACUUGAGUCACCCUUCCGAAUGGUCUAUAUCCAGUAUAAACUUUUUCUGCUUCUUA